UGUAAAUCAUGGCAGACUCCAAUAUGUGUUGUCUGUGUGCUGAUACACUGCAGGACCCCAUCACCAUCCCUUGUGGAGAUACAUUUUGCCUGGAAUGUAUCAAGAUGUAUUGGGACCAAUCAGACUACCUGGGUGUCUACAAUUGCCCAGAGUGUCGGGCAACUUUUACUCCUCGUCCCAUCCUGCGCCGCAACGUACCCAGCAUUGGUCAUCAUGAACAUCACUCAUCUUUAACAGCUUUAACACCCUUUCCAGACCUCAAAAGGGACUCGUUGUGUGAUUUCUGCACAGGCCGAAGGAACCGGGCAGUCAAAUCAUGCCUGGUGUGUCUGGCAUACUACUGUGAGACACAUGUCAAGCCUCACUAUGAGUCAGCCACAUUCAAGCGGCACAAGCUGGUCGAUGAGAUGGGGCACUUAGAUCGUAAGAUCUGUCCACAGCAUGAGAAGAGCCUGGAGCUGUUCUGCAAAUCGGAUCAGAUGUGUAUCUGUGUUUUCUGCACGGUGAGGGAGCACCGUGGUCACAACACGGUUAGUGCUGAGGACGAGCGUACCGAAAAGCAAAAAUUGCUGGUGGUGACCCAGUCCAAAGUCCAGCAUAUUAUCCAGGAGCGCAUGAAGGAACUACAGGACCUCAGACACAAUGUGGAUGUUCUCAAGGGUAAUGCUCACCGAGCCCAAGUGGCCAGCGAUAAGCUCUUCAGCGAGAUGCUGCAGUCUGUGGAGCGCUGGCAUGCUGAGAUUUGCCAACUCAUUCAAGCUAACCUGCAGGCUGCCAUGGCACAGGCUGAUAACUAUGUGGAGCAGCUGGAGCAGGAGAUCAUGGAGCUACAGCGGCGAAAUGCAGAGUUGCGGCAUAUACUUGAAACUGAGGACAACAUACAUUUUCUCCAGAAUUUUCCAGUGCUGUGUAUUGCCCCAGAGCCAAUGGUACCCAAAGUCCUGAUCAACCAAGAGUUCUCCUUUAGUGAGGUUACCAAAACUGUGACUGAUAUGAAGGAACACCUGGAUGACAUCUGCAAAAAAGAGCUGGACAACUUGUCCAAAAAAGUGAGUGACAUCCCAGUCUAUGUGUUAAUCCCCAGGACUGGUGGUCGGUUUAAAGAUAGUGUUUCCUCCACACCAACAAAAACUGAUCUUCAUGAGCCCAAAACUCGAGCAGACUUCCUCAGAUAUACAGUGAGACUUACAUUUGACCCCAAUACAGCCUACAAGGAGUUGGUCGUGUCUGACGGGAAGCGCAGGGUGGUUCGAAAGCGCAUGGCCCAGUUUUACCCAGAGCAUCCAGACCGCUUUGAUGGUUUUUGCCAGGUCUUGUGCUCUGAGCCCUUUAGUGGCUUCCGUCAUUACUGGGAGGUGGAGUGGAGUGGCGAGUUCUCCGUUGGUGUCACCUACAAAAGCAUCAGCCGCAAAGGCAAGAACUCGCACAGCCUCCUUGGCUACAACGACCAAUCCUGGAGCCUCCUGUGUUCCGAAUCUGGAUACUCGGCCUGGCACAACAAGAUGGACAAAGAAAUCCCAAGUAUGCCUACAGCCUCACGGAUUGGCGUGUAUCUCGAUUAUGCUGGUAAUUCUUUGUCCUUCUAUGCAGUCUCAGAAAACAUGGAGCUCAUCCACAGGUUCCAAGCCAAGUUCUCCGAGCCGCUAUAUGCCGGGUUUGGAGUCGGAGCCUCUGUAUGGCUGUGCUCACCGGAGAUCACCACGCAGCUGUACACUUGAGGACAACAUCAAGCUGAAACAUAAUAUUUCCUGGGCCAAUACUAGGACAAGUCAAUGUAAUUUGAAUAUUUAUGAGUUCUUACCGUAGCUGUCCAGUUGGGUCUUACUUGGAACCUUUUCAAAAAUGGCUGCCCUGUUACAAGGUCCUUAAAACCAAGAAGCCUUAA